GGUUAUAUACGUUUUUGUAACAAGAUCUAAAUAUUUCUAGCUUAGCUAGUUUUAUUGAAUUACAUUUUAUUAAGUGCAAGAAAAUUUUGUAAUUUUAAUUGAAUUUACUGAUUUAAAAGUUAUUGAAGUACAUUUGUAUGUAGUCAAAAACUAAUAAAGAGAUGCGACUAUUAAAUGCUCAAGUAUUUUUAAUUAUUAAUGCUAUAAGUGCAGCAUUUAUCUUUGCACACAAUUGCCUUUUAGACAACAGAAAUUAUAAAUGUAGAAUAGGAACUAAAACACCAUAUAGAUUUAUCUCAAACCAUGACGAUUCUCCUCUUGAAUACCCAGGUUGUAUUUCAAGAAAAAUAUGGUUAAUUUUAAGACAUGGUACAAGAUAUCCUGGUAAAAAGUAUGUACCAUCCAUGAUUGAAAAACUGCCAAAGUUACAAAAGAUUAUCCUAGAUAACUAUAAAGGGAAUGAAUCAGAAUUUACAGAUGAAGAUAUAGACUUAUUUAAAGAGUGGAAAAUUACUUUUAACAAAGAUGAUAUUAUGAAAUUAGCAGAAGAAGGAGAAGAUGAAAUGAUUGAUAUUGGAGAAAGAUAUCAAUCCAGAUUUCCCAUUCUUAUGCCAGAGAUUUAUGAUAAUCAAAUUUAUAGAUUUAAGUACACUGCCACUCAACGCACAGAGGAAAGUGCUAAGAAUUUUGCUACUGGUUUAUUUGGAAGACACAGUAGUUAUCGAGUUCAGUAUCCGAAAGCAGAACACAAGGAUCCUGUGUUAAGAUUUUAUAAACGUUGUCAACGUUGGCGUUCUGAAGUGGACAAAAAUCCAGAUUCGCGAAUAGAAAAAGAAAAAUUCUUGAAGAGCAAUGUUUAUAAGAAAAUGUUAGAAGACGUUUCUAGACGUAUUGGUUAUCAGGUUGAUCACGAAAUUGUACAUUUGAUGUACGUGAUGUGUGGAUUUGAAACUGCAUGGCACAAAAACUCCGAGUCACCAUGGUGUAGAAUAUUUUCGCUAGACGAGUUCAAAGUACUCGAAUUUGCAGAUGAUUUGGAAUAUUAUUGGAACGAUGGAUAUGGUUACAAAUUGUCUUAUGAGCAAGCUUGCCCAGCUUUGAGAGAUGUUUUUAACUUUUUUAUGGCAGAUGAAGGACUGGCAGUAUCAGUGUAUUUUAGUCAUUCAGGAACCAUUUUGAAACUAUUAGCUCUAUUAGGGAUCGCUAAGGAAGAUCAACAUUUAACGCAUGAUUUAUUUUCGUUAUAUGCGGAGAACAGAGCCUGGAGAACUGGGGUUAUCGAUACUUUCGCAUCUAAUAUCGCAUUCGUUUUAUACAAUUGUUCUGGAGGUCCCAGUAUUCUUUUCAUGCAUCAGGAAAGACCAUUACAUCUACCAGGUUGUCCUAUGAAUGUACCAUGUCCACUGUCUACAAUGAAAGCACUUUACCCUGACCAAGAAGAGGAGUGUCAGUUCGAAACAUUGUGUUCAAUGGAGGAAUCAUCAUAAGGAUGAUGUAGGACCAUGACAGACUUUAUAAAUUGUAUCAUGUAUAUAUAUUUGUAGUUUAUUAUACUUAAAAAAAUGAAAUGAAUCGAA